GAUCCGGUUGAUUGAAACUUUCAACACUCUGGAAUCCUAAACCGACCUUUUGUGCUUCCUACCUGCAGUUAAGCCCACUUCUCAAUUCUCAUACCUGUAUUUCUUUCUUAAGUCUUGUAACCAUUCUUAUUCAACACACCAUAUUUGACCAAGUCCAAAAUCUCUCCAUGGACCCUUCAGAAUCAUUGGUAUCCAAUCGUUUCUUUUUCAUUUCCUAUCUAUCUUUUAUAUAGCAUAUGCCGUGUACUUAUGCAUCAUUCACAAGCACUGAAGCACAAGAAUGAAUUUCCAUUCAAAUCUUUCUCAAGCACCUGCAAGAAGUUGUUGUCUCUACUUCUAUUUAUUCAUCUCCUUUCUUCUCCAAGUUGAGGCUACUGCUAAUGGAGACAACAAAGUCAUAUCUAUAGGCGCAAUCAUCGAUGUUAACUCGCGUAUUGGGAAAGAACAGCUAGUAGCCAUGGACAUUGCAGCUCAAAGUUACAAUAACACUUCAAAGACCUACAAACUGGCUCUUCAUUUUCAGAACCCCACCAUGAAUCCCUUAAAAGCCACUUCCAUUGCUGAAGAUAUGAUUAAAAAUCAGAACGUGGAAGUGAUUGUGGGAAUGCAAACAUGGACAGAAGCAGCUUUGGUAGCUGAACUAGGAAGCCAGGCUCAAGUUCCUGUCAUAUCCUUCGCAGCACCUUCUGUUAGCUCACCAUUGAUGGCAAAUCGAUGGCCUUUUUUGGUGAGGCUAGAUAACAAGGGCACUGCAUAUUCAAAAUGCAUAGCAGAUAUAGUUUAUGCUUAUGGCUGGCAAAGAGUAGUAGCCAUUUAUGAAGAUGAUGGCUACGGUGGAGAUAAUGGUAUGGUAGGUAUGCUAUCUGAGGCACUCCAAGAUGUAGGUUCAAUGAUUGAGCAUCGCUUAGCACUUCCAUCGCCUUCUUAUCUGCCUGAUCCUGCUGAAUUUCUUCGCAACGAGCUGCUAAAGCUAAUUGAAAAUACGCAAUCUCGGGUGUUCAUUGUUCUUCAAUCAUCAUUAGAUAUGGUGAUUCAUUUGUUCAGAGAAGCUUCACAAAUGGGUCUUGUGGAUAGAGAAUCAGUCUGGAUAAUUCCAGAGAGUAUAACUAAUCUAUUGGAUUCUGUCAAUAAGUCUGCUAUUUCCUAUAUGGAAGGGGCUAUAGGGAUCAAGAACUACUACUCUGAAAAUAGCACAGAGUAUAAAGAUUUUGAAGCUCAGUUCCGGAGAACAUUUCACUCCAAGUUUACCGAGGAAGAUAACCGCAACCCAGGAUUCUACGGUCUACAAGCAUAUGACAGCAUUAAAAUUGUUGCACAAGCAGUGGACAGAAUAGCCAGUCACAAUAGUAGUAGCAGCAGUAGUGGGAAGACUUUACUAAGAGGAAUAUUGUCUAGCAAAUUCCUUGGUUUAAGUGGAGAAAUUCAAUUUCAAGAAUUGCAGCUCAUGCAGAACCCUACCUUAAGGAUUGUUAAUAUUGGUGGGAGGAGUUAUAGGGAACUAGAUUUUUGGAGUCUAGAACAUGGAUUUACCAGUAGAUUAGGAGAAGGUGGAAAUGAUACUUCUAGGAACACAGAGGGUUUAAGUGGAGUGGUAAUUUGGCCAGGGAAAUUGUCGAGAGUUCCAAAAGGGUGGAAUCUGCCUACUAAGGAAAAUCCAAUGAAAAUUGCAGUGCCAGGAAGAACUUCAUUUUCCAAGUUUGUCAAGGUCGAUUAUGGUGAGAAUGGAAAGCCAAAUAUAUAUAGUGGAUUCUGCAUUGAAAUUUUUGAUAAGGUGUUAGAACUAUUGGGUUAUGAUUUGCCAUAUGAGUACUAUCCCAUCAAUGGAACCUAUCCUGACCUGGUCCAACUUGUCUAUAACAAGACUUAUGAGGCUGUUGUUGGGGACAUAACCUUACUAGCAGACAGAAUGCCAUAUGUAGAUUUCACUGUGCCAUAUGCAGAAUCAGGAUUGUCAAUGGUAGUUCCAUCAAAGUCAGAUGAAUCAGCAUGGAUGUUCAUGAAGCCUUUCACCUGGCAAAUGUGGGUGGUAACUGCUGCUAUCUUGUUCUACACAAUGUUGGUAGUGUGGUACCUGGAGCGAGAAUCAAAUCCCGAGUUUCAUGGCAACUGGAAGAGCCAACUUAGCACUGCACUUUGGUUUACCUUCUCCUCCCUAUUCUUUGCUCAUAAGGAAAACUUGUCUAGCAACUUAAGCCGUGUUGUGAUGGUAUCUUGGCUCUUUCUAGUUCUGAUCCUUAACUCGAGCUACACUGCAAGUCUUUCAUCGAUGCUCACGGUUCAACAACUGCAACCAAAUGUCACAGACAUCGAGUGGCUGAAGAAGAACAACAUGAAGAUUGGUUGUGAUGGAGAUUCUUUUGUUAGGACAUACCUUGAGAGAGUAGAGAGGUUCAAGGUAGAAAACAUCAUAAAUGUUAGCAGUGAAUACAGCUAUGUUGAUGUAUUCAAAAACGGCACCAUAGCAGCUGCUUUUCUUGAACUCCCUUAUGAAAAAGUAUACAUGAGUAAAUACUGCAAGGGCUUCUCUGGCUCCACCCCUGCCAUCAGAUUUGGAGGACUUGGAUUUAUGUUCCAGAAAGGCUCCCCGGUGACCAGAGAUGUUUCUAAAGCGAUAUUGCAGCUCUUAGAACAGGGAGAAAUAAAGAGCUUAGAAGAGAAAUGGCUGAGCCCAAUGGGAGAGUGCGCUAGCAAUGUCACCACAAACAACACAGAAAGUUUGAAGCUUGGGAGUUUCUGGAUUCUGUAUGUGAUUUCUGGUGCAACUUCCACCAUAUGUUUCCUACUUUCUACCAUGCAAUCAUCACCUUGGAAACGAGCGGUUACAUUAGCUAAGCAGAUUUGUAAAAGCAAGAAACAAAGCGAAGAAAAUGAGGCACGUGAGGAUGUAACUGACACUGACAGUUCUGAGUUACAAGAAAUCAUAACGGUUUCUUCCUCUCCAUCACACACACCAAUGACAACUCCCGAUCAUGGAAUCACAAAUGCAAGAUACAACUAACCCUAAUCUUCUCAUCUAACCUGAUAUGUACAAUGGUAGAUAAAUGUAAAAAUAUAUUGGAGUAUCUUAUGAAUGAAGUUAGGCUGACACAAUGUGUAUCUUCAAUGAUAGAGGAAUUUGAAGAGAUGACCUUGAAACAUGGUUCAAAGCAGUAGAAAGUAGAAACCCCUUCUUUACCAUAAUGAACUGAAAAGAGAUCCUCCCGUAGGUAUCAAUUUGUAACUUGUAACUUAGCUGAGAGGGCAAGGGUAAUAUCUUGAUGCCAUUUGAUUUAAGAGAAAGUAAUGGGAGCCGAUGGCCUAAGCGUACAAUGGAGGUUUAGAAAGUAUUAGAAAUAUGAACAUUAGUGUUACAUUGUGCUGUCAGGUUAUGCUUUUGGGAUGAGUGGUUCAUGACAUGGUAUUAGAGUUCUAGAUCCGAAAGGUCAAGGUUUUUUUUUUAUCCUCGGUGAACUCCAAAAUCAACCUAAGUUUUUGGGAUGAGUAAUUUUAUAACAUGAUGUUUAUUAUCCCUGGUAUCCGGAUGGUUAUUCUGGAUAAUAUAGGUGAUAUUCAUUUUAUUCAUGGACAAAGAUUUAGCUCAUUGUACACAUUGUACGUUUAGGCCAUUGGCUCCCUAGCACUACCCUUGAUUUAAUAUAAACACUUUAAUUUGCGUCAUUGAUGGGGAGAUU